GACGCGGUGACACCAACCUGAAUAAUAGUGUUGCUGUUGUACAACAUUUGAACGGCAUUUCAGAGCCGGUUUGGUGACAAUGGAUGCCAGAAGGACCUCUACCAUCUCAACUGGAAUAUUUACUGAUCUAAACGGAUCAUGGAACUGGACAUUUUUGAUGGUUGUUUUGCUGAGUUUUGCAACAGGCUCGGUAAACGCAGUAUCAAAUUGCACAUUGGAAUGCACAGCUUCUUGUGAUCCAGGCCACAGCUUUGAUGUCACUACCAGUGUAUGUGUGAUAUGCAGCACAGGAUAUUACUGUGGAGGAGGUUCAAAUUCUUCUGAAGCAUGUUCAGCAGGGACCUACAAUCAAAACGUUGGAUCAUCAUCAAUUGCAGAUUGUGUGUCUUGCCCAAGUGGGAGCUACAGUCUUGAUGCAGCAGGUUCUUGUACGGUCUGCCCAAGUGGGUAUUCAUGCACUGUGACUGGCACAACAACAGCUUGUAUAGCACCAGAGUAUUCACUGGAUGGGGAAAUGUCAUGCAGCACCUGCCCAUCUGGGUCAUAUUGCCCAAAUGUGAAUGAAGGACCAAAGAGCUGCAGUAAUGGUUCGAUUCCUGACAGCUCCAAGACUGGUUGUGAUAACUGCUUGGCAGGGACUUACUCCAACGCUGGGGAUCCCUCAUGCUCGGACUGCCUAGCUGGGUACUAUAGCCUAGAGGGGGCUGGGGUGUGUACUGUCUGCCCAACAGGUAAAGUAUUACUGGACAGAGGUACUUAUACCAGUGUAGAUGGACAGGCAUCAUGCACUGCCUGUACGGAGGGCUACUACUGUGACUCUACAUCAGAAACAGCUUGCGAUCCUGGAAAGUACAGCUCAGCCAACGCGACAUCAUGUGUGAAGUGCCCUCAAGGGUUUAGCUGUGCUGGGGGUUCUGCUCCUGUUGAUUGUCUGGCAGGAACUUAUGCUGUGUUGGGUAGCUCCAGCUGUGAGCCAUGUAGCAUGGGACAUUACUGCCCUGCCGACCGAAGUGGGGAGCAAAUACCAUGCGCUUCUGGUAACUUUGCUAAUGAGACUGGUUUGGUGGUAUGCUUCACGUGUCGAGCUGGGUAUAGCUGUUCAGCGACUGAAGAGACGGCUUGCGAUCCUGGAAAAUAUAGCUCAGCCAACUCCACAUCGUGUAUCAAAUGUCCGGAAGGGUAUAGCUGUUCUGGUGGUGCUGCCCCGGUUGAUUGUUUAGCAGGAACGUUUGCUGUCUUGGGUAGCUCAAGCUGUGAGCCAUGUAGCAUGGGACAUUACUGCCCUGCCAACCAAAGUGGGGAGCAAAUACCAUGCGCUUCUGGUGACUUUGCCAACGAAACUGGUUUGGUGGUAUGCUUCACGUGUCGAGCUGGGUAUAGCUGUUCGGCAACUGAAGAAACGGCAUGUGAGUCGGGGAUGUACAGCGAGAGUGGGGCUACCAGUUGUUUACAGUGCCCGGGAGGAUAUUCCUGCACUGGUACCCUGCCUCCUGUGCAAUGCCUGGCUGGGACUUAUGCUCGUAAUGGCAGCAGUAGCUGUGAGGAUUGUGAGGUUGGAUUUUACUGUGAGACUGCGGGAACUGUUGAGCCUGUCCAGUGUGCAGAGGGAUUCUUCUCUGAUUCACCGGGAGCUGAUAGCUGCAUAGAAUGCACUGCAGGGCACUACUGCACUCGUACCACCGAGACACCAUGCAAUGCAUCUUUCUACAGCUAUGCAAGGGCAACAUCCUGCCUGCUCUGCGACGGUGGGUUUGAGUGUGCUGGCACCACAGCGCCUGCAGAAUGCACAGCAGGUACUUACGCUCGUAACGGUAGCAGUAGCUGCAGCAACUGUGACGUGGGAUCUUACUGUCUGACCAAUGGGAUGAGUGAACCGACACCCUGCCCUCAAGGUAGCUAUCAGGGCUCCGUCGGUCAACAAGCUUGCUCUCCUUGCACUGCAGGCUACUACUGCACAUCUACAACCCAAACUUCUUGCGACCCCGGAACCUACAGUCUCGCCGAGGCGACAUCCUGUGACCCCUGCCCUGCUGGGUUCUCCUGUGCGGGUGGCGCAGUCCCUGUGGAGUGUCUGGCUGGGAGUUAUGCCCCCGUUGGAAGUGACUCUUGUGAGCCGUGCGGGAUUGGUUUAUACUGUCCCUUCAAUGGUACCACACAGCAGAUCAAUUGUACAGAAGGUACUUAUGCAAAUGAGACCGGUUCCCAGCUAUGCACUGACUGUGAGGCAGGGUAUAAGUGCACCAGUCCACACCUGUCUCCCAUGAUAUGCUCUAGAGGGAGUUACAGCGAACAGGGCUGGACAGAAUGCAGAGCUUGUGUUGACGGUGAAUACGCAGAUGCGUUAGGUUCAACAUCGUGUACCUCCUGUACAGCGGGUCAUUCUUGCAGCAGUACCUCGGCGUCACCCCAACCCUGUACACCAGGAAAAUAUAGCACCGGAUCAGCUAAGUAUUGCAGCUCUUGUCCUGAUGGGAGCUAUAGUGAUUCCAGCAUGGCGGCAUCCUGUGAUCUUUGCCCAGCUGGUCACGCUUGCUUGGAUACAAGCUCAGCUCCAACAGCAUGUAAUAGCGGAUACUACUCACUAGGUAACACUACCAUGUGCACCCUGUGUCCAGCUGGCUACGAAUGUCCCUCCACAACUUCUUCACCAGCGCAGUGUAAUGCUGGAUUCUAUGCAGCAGACGGGAGCACGAGCUGUCAAUCAUGUGAUGUGGGGUUCUACUGCCCAGAAGCAGGGCUCUCUGCUCAAAUCAGCUGUGAAGAAGGGAAGUUCUCCAACACUACCAUGGCGUCUGAUUGUAUCCUUUGCCCGGCUGGUUGGGAAUGCGCUGACCGAUCCUCUACACCUGUUGCCUGCGAUCCGGGGUUCUAUUCCCUCGGUGGUAACUCCAGCUGUACUGUCUGCCCUGCUGGUCACAUGUGUCCCACCAAGGAUCAAUUGCCCACAAUGUGUAACUCCGGGGAGUAUGCAGCAGCAAGCAGUCAAUCCUGCACCAGUUGCCCCGAGGGCAAGUACUGUGCUGAUCCACCACCUGCCCUACCAGCCGACUGCCCUACUGGCUGGUUUACUGAUACACCAGGCAGGACUAACUGCACAGAAUGCCCAAUGGGUGAGUUAUAA